AUGGCAUCUACAGCUAGUCUACGAGAAAAAUUCAAUGCAGCUGUAAAAGCCAUUCAACGAUUACCUAACGAUGGUACUUUUCAACCAUCAAAUGAAAUGAAAUUAACAUUCUAUGGUCUCUAUAAACAAGCCACAGCAGGCCCGUGUAACGAGCCACGACCCUCAGUAUUCAAUUAUAUUAAUCGAGCAAAAUGGGAUGCAUGGGAUAAAUGUCGGUCGAUGAGUAAAGAAGCAGCUAUGACCGCUUAUAUUGAUGAAAUUCGAAAAAUCCUUGAAACAAUGCCACAAACAAAUGAAGUAUUAGAAUUCACUCACCUCAUUGGACCAUUCUAUGAAUUCGUUGACGAUCGAACAGAAGAAAAUCGGCCAGUAUCAGUAUUAAACAAUAAAUCACACCAUACAAAUGUUAAGAAGAAAAAACAACAUGCAUUUCGUUCUCUUGUUAAUGGAACCGGUGAAAAAAGUCAUAAUGAACAUCCAGUGAAUCGUUCCAAUGGUCCUACGCGAGCAUUAGUUUCAUCGGGAAAUGGCCCAGUACCAUCUUCAUCUCCUUCUUCUUCCUCGUCGUCAUCAAUUUCUUCGUCUGAUCCGGAAGAAUUCUAUCAAGAUCCAUCCGAUCGACUUUCACCCAAUCCUGACCUAUCAAAAGAUGAUCUUCAAACUAACGAACCAUCAACAAUAAGCACUCCAGUUGAACAAACAACAAGAUAUCAUCCGCAUGAAUACGGCGGACAAGAUGGAUCGAAUCCUCCUGUACAGCGUUCUAAUAGAAUAGGUAAUCAUUCCAAUGAGCUUCAUGGAUCAUCAGCACAUCCAUCAUAUCGUCUUACUGAUCUAUCUGAUGGCGCUCAUUAUUCAGCUUCAUCUGUAGCAUCGGGUGGCGGUAAUGGGCGACAUCCAAAUAAUAAUUAUAAUAAAGAAACGCAACGCGCUAUACUAGCAGCACUUACAAAACUCCAACGAGAUGUUAAUAAUAUUUUAGAACGACUCAACCGAUUAGAAAAUUCAUCACAUUUUCUUCAACAGAGAGAAUUGUCUACGCAAUUGCAUUGUUCUUCCGGGAAAAAUUCUCUAUCGCGAUGGUUUCCGCUGGCUGGUUUACGUCGUCGUGCGAUUGCUUUUAUUUUAUUGUGGCCAUUUUUUGUCUUUGCAUUGGUUCGAUUGUUCCUUCGUGCACGAAUAAUUAUACGCUUUCGGCAGCCACAUCUUUGA